AUGUCGAGUCGUACUCUACGGUCAAAUCGGUCAGGCAAACCGAGCCAUGGUGUUGGUGUGAAAGAUAGUGUGAAUAGUGGUGUUCAAGUGGUGGUCACGGAAGAUCCGGAGGAGUCUCACCCCGGGCGGACAUGCCAAGUGUGCCGAGGAGUUGACACGGAGGAAAUGGUGCAAUGCGACGACUGUCUGAAAUGGCAUCACUUCCAGUGUGUGGGAGUAACACAGCAGAUCGAGAAUCAUCCUUGGAGUUGUGCCAAAUGCGGAAAAGCGAAAGGUGUCCGGGAACCAAAUUCGACUGCUCAUCGAGGAAGCGGUAAUCCAUCAAUGCAGGUGGCUGAGGCAGAAUUGAAUCCGUUGUCUGCACUAUCACACCAGCAGUUCCCAGCCCAGUCGCAGACGAUCACGGCAGCGCUGAAUUCGACAGCGAAUCACCCUAUUCAACCGAACGAUGAGAAUCAAACCCCGUUCGUGACUUCCUUGCGAUGGGUAGUGAAUACGAGCAGACAACCGUCUAGGAAUGCUUCAGUUUCAUCGGGGCGUUCCUCGCAGGCGCUCGCUAAGCUCAAACUGCAAAAACUGGAGGAGCUGAGGAGUAUUGAGCGGCGUGAGGCAGAGCAGCAACGAGCAAUUAUAGCGGAUGAAGCGAAGAAAGAAAAGGUGUUUCUUGAGCAGAAGUACCAGUUACUGGAGCAAGCUAUGUCUGAAAGUGGUUCUUCUAUGGACGAUGCAGUUAGCAGAACAGAACAUUGGGUGGCGAGUACGAGCGGUCAUCGAAGCCAGUCAAGACAGCUGGGCAUGGUGAACCAAUUUGAUCUAACUGAGCGGUUGAGUAAAGUACAGCUUGCCCGCCCGAAUAGUAUACGCAACGGCAGUAGCCGCUCAUCAUUACCUGAGCCAAAUCCACCGGAUCCAUUUCCAGUACCGGAAUCCUUGCGAACUUGUUCCGUAGAACCGCCUGCUUCAGACGGAAGAAUGCGGCAGUUGGAAUCUCAACCAAUCAGCUCCCACGAGGUCCCACGUCGAGUGUCGAUAGCACAUAUUUCUCAUUCUGGGGCACGCGGUGUAUUACUGCCCGGUCAAUCGCUGGAUGCACCGCGACCGGUGUUACAAACAGCACAACGAGAUCAACCACGAGAUUAUGUAUCGCAUUUCCCAGAACCAGAUGCGAGUCGUCAGUUUUCUCGAAAUGUACCGACUCCGGGGUAUCAACAGUUCGUUCCACAUCCGAACCAAUCGCAAGCUUAUCUACCGAACCCUCCUCUUUCAUCUACCAUGCGGGCUUCUCAUGUCUACGAUCAAGAAGAGGAUCCAUGUCCGAUUUCCCGUAAGCAGCUGGCUGCUCGGCAAGCAGUUGCCAAGGAUCUACCUACGUUCUCUGGAAACCCAGAGGAAUGGCCUCUGUUUUUCGCAACCUUCAACAGCACAACAGCAUUGUGCGGGUUUACCAGCGAGGAGAAUAUCGUCCGCCUACAACGAAGCUUGAAGGGCCGCGCGUACGAGGCAGUAAAAAGCAGACUGCUGCAUCCAUCAAAUGUAGGCGGGGUCAUGUCAACUCUGAAGAUGUUGUUCGGGCAGCCAGAGAUAAUUGUACACACUAUGAUGUCCAAAAUAAAUUCUCUUCCGUCACUGAGAGAGGAUAAACUGGAAGCUCUUGUGGACUUCGCCGUUAGCGUUGAAAACUUUUGUGCGACUGUGGAUGCGUGUGGAUUAGAGGAAUAUCUCUACAAUAUCUCCUUUCUCCACCAACUCGUUAACAAGCUUCCCCCAUCGAUAAAGUUGAACUGGGCGCAAUACAGACAGACACUACCGACGGUCAACUUACCGUCUUUCAGUAAUUGGCUAUACUCACUUGCAGAAGCUGCUAGUGCUGUCACCAUUCCGAACAUACCCUAUGAUUCCAAACCGGUUCGUGUCGACCCACGAGUGACAAAAAGGAGCAACUCGUACGUCAAUGCCCACUCUGAGGAUACUUAUCCAGGUAAUCACUCCGCAGCGCCAUCCAAUGCGGAAACUGUAGCCGAUUGCUGCCCAGUAUGUGAAGGAUACUGUAAAUCUAUCGCAAAGUGCAAACGCUUCCUGGAAUUCUCUCGUGACUCCCGCUGGGCAACCGUUCGAGAUCUAGGACUAUGUCGCAGAUGUCUACGUCAGCACAAAGGAUGGUGUCAAGCAAAGGUGUGCGGCAAGAACGGCUGCGAGUUGAAACACCACGAGAUGCUGCACAACGACCAGAAAAGCAUGCAACAAUCGUCCAUCACUUCAAGCAACCAAAACGAACCUUCCCCGACUCAGCAUCCAAAUCCCACACCGCCUCCAAUGCCAAGCUCAUCCGAGCACGGGUGUCAUGCUCAUCAAGUUACAUCUAGUCAAGUUUUAUUCCGCUAUCUACCCAUUGUGCUACAUGGAAAGUACCGGUCCAUUGAAACGUUCGCCUUUCUUGAUGACGGAUCAGAACUCACUUUGCUCGACAAAGAACUAGCGGACGAACUGCAGCUCGAAGGAGAGCCGAUGCCAUUGUGUUUGCACUGGACAGGAGGAGCCACACGUCGAGAGGAAGGAUCAAUGACCGUCAAGCUGGAGGUGUCUGCACAGCAUAACGAAUCGAAACGGUAUCCAAUGACUGAUGUACGAACAGUAGCGGAAUUGCUCCUUCCUUCGCAAACACUUAACCUUCCAGAGCUAUGUGAACGAUUCCCACAUCUCAAGGGUUUGCCUAUCACUUCCUAUCAAGAAGUUCGGCCCAGGAUUCUAAUAGGAAUGAAGGAUCAGCAUUUGAGCUUGAUUAAAAAGAGUCGCGAGGGUGCUCUACACCAACCAGUCGCGGUCAAAACUCGUCUCGGAUGGGCAGUCUGUGGUGGAGGGAAUCAAGAUAACUCCGCAAACCUUGCCCACUCAGUAUUUCACGUAUGCGCCUGCGACUCACCGACGGACGAUAAUCUUCACCAAAAAAUGAAGGAGUAUUUCGCAGUCGACAGCCUAGGUAUUGCUCAACCUAUGAAAACUCUUCGUUCUUCCGAAGAGGAGCGUGCUCUCUCUCUUCUUGAAGCUCGCACAGUAUUCAAGGGAGACCGCUACGAAACAGGCUUACUAUGGCGUCAUGACAAUCCACGUCUACCUGACAGUCUCCCAAUGGCACUCCAACGACUGCAAUGCCUUAAAAAGCGAAUGGAUAAGAACCCAGAGCUCGCCGAAGCUCUCAAUCAGAAAAUUUCCGAUUUCGUCGUGAAGGGAUAUGCUAGAAAGCUUAACGAAGAAGAACUAAGCCGAAAACAUCCACGGAUAUGGUAUCUUCCAAUAUUUCCCGUUAUGAACAUAAAUAAACCUGGAAAGAUCCGAAUGGUCUGGGACGCAGCUGCGACCGCAUACGGUGUGUCUCUGAACUCAGCUUUACUCAAGGGACCCGAUCAGCUUUCCGAGCUCUUCACCAUACUGAUCCAGUUCCGCGAAGGCCGUUUUGCGCUAUCCGGUGACGUGCGUGAGAUGUUCCUGCAAGUGCUUAUGCGUCCAGAGGAUCAGCAAUGCCAACGUUUUCUGUGGUACGACCAGGAUGGAACCCUAUCUGUCUACGUCCUGCAGGUGAUGACGUUCGGAGCGUGCUGUUCUCCAUGCAGCGCCCAAUAUGUUAAGAAUUUGAACGCAGAACGUUUCAAAGGUGACUAUCCGGCGGCUACCGAGGUGAUUCAGAAGCGUCACUACGUCGACGAUAUGUUAGUGAGUGUAGCUACAGAAGAAGAGGCGAUUCAGCUUGCUCAAGAAGUCAAGCAAGUUCACGCAGAAGGUGGGUUCGAGAUCCGCAAUUGGGUUAGUAAUUCCAAGCGUGUCAUCCAGGCAUUGCAAGAGGACCGAACAGAAAAGAAAAAUCUCGACGCGACAUCAGAAAUAUCCCAGGAGAAAGUUCUCGGAAUGUGGUGGUGCACCGAUUCCGACACAUUCACCUACAAAGUAGGAUGGAAUCGGUACGGACAAGCUUUAUUGGAAGGUCAAUACCGUCCAACGAAAAGGGAUAUGUUACGCGUCCUUAUGUCCAUGUUUGACCCGUUAGGGCUAAUCGCUCACUUCCUUAUGUAUCUCAAAAUCGUUCUACAAGAAGUAUGGCGUUCCGGAAUUGGCUGGGAUGACCAAAUCAACGAUGUUAUUUACGAGAAGUGGCAAACGUGGCUUGCAGUAUUGCCGCAAGUCGAACGCACUAGUAUUCCUCGGUGUUAUUUCGGUGGAUUUACAGCUGCCAAUGGAGACGUCCAGCUUCAUACAUUUGUUGACGCUAGUGACAAUGGAAUUGCUGCUGCUUGCUACUUGCGUUCUGUUUAUGACGGUAUCGUGAAAUGUAAUUUGGUGGCCGCUAAAACUAGAGUUGCACCUCUGAAAUUCCUUUCCAUUCCGAGGUUGGAACUCCAAGCAGCAUUAAUAGGUGCGAGACUGGCCCAAACGGUAUCUGCAGCCAUAACGAUUCCGAUUACAUGCCGGGUCUACUGGUCCGACUCACAGGACGUGCUAUUUUGGAUCAAGUCCGAUCACCGCCGCUAUUCACAAUUUGUAGCAUUUCGAGUCAGCGAGAUCCUCGAUACCACCGAGAUGUGCGAAUGGAGAUACGUUCCAACCAACCAAAACGUUGCCGAUGAUGGAACCAAAUGGAAGGGACUACCGGAUCUGACUCCUCUAUCUCGAUGGUUUAUCGGGCCACAGUUCUUGUAUUAUUCAGAAGGGAAUUGGCCCCAAACACCGAAGAGUACCAACACUGCCGAUUUGGAGCUUCGUCCGAGUGUGAUGUCACAUUUCUUGGCGCUGAAUUCUUUAAUUAACGUCGAUGAAUACUCCAGUUGGGACCGGAUAAUCAAAGUCGUCGCUUUACUCCACCGCUUUGCUUGCAACUGCAAACUGAAGAUCCAAAGAAAACCAAAAAGGAUCGGGCCCAUUUCGAACUCGGAAUACAAAGUUGCCGAAUCAUACCUCUUACGUCAAGCUCAACACGAAACCUUUCCUGAUGAGAUAGUACAUCUUACAAGAUCACAGGAAAGUGUUGAGCCACCUAUUUCCACAAUUCCUAAAUCAAGUCCUCUUUACCGGAAAUCUCCAUGGCUGGACAAAUCCGGAAUAUUGAGGAUGCGUGGCCGGAUAACUGCUUGCGACUACGCAACCGAGGAUGCAAAACACCCAAUAAUACUUCCCCGUGACCACCAUACCACAAAGUUAAUUGUUUCACACUAUCACCAAAAGUUCCACCAUCAGAACCACGAGACCGUUAUUAACGAAAUCCGCCAGAAAUUCAGCAUUCCGCAUCUGCGCUCGACCUAUACCAAAGUGAGAAAUAACUGCCAACGUUGCAAAAACGAUCGUGCUGUUCCAAGAGUGCCCAUCAUGGCCGACCUGCCUGUAGCACGCCUGGACGCAUUUACUCGCCCGUUCACGCAUGUUGGUGUCGACAUGUUCGGGCCGUACGAGGUUGUUACCGGUCGUCGAGUAGAAAAACGUUGGGGAUUGCUUGCCACUUGCCUCACGAUCCGUGCGAUUCACAUAGAAGUUGUGCACUCCCUCAGCACGGAUUCGUGCAUCAUGGCCUUGCGCAAUUUUAUUUCACGAAGGGGUAAGCCACGGACCUUCUAUAGUGAUCGCGGUACCAACUUUAUCGGUGCAAAGCGAGUACUUCAAGAAACAGAAUGUGUCGUCAACGAAGAAAAGCUGAUGAAGGAGUUCGUGGAUACCGAGACAAGCUGGACGUUCCUGCCGCCAGCCUCACCGCACAUGGGCGGUAGCUGGGAACGGUUAAUUGGUAGCGUUAAGAAAAAUCUGAUGGCAAUUCUGCCUACAAGAAAGCUUACGGAUGAAGUCUUGCGCAACCUUCUUACAGAAAUUGAAAGUACCGUGAACUCGAGACCGCUAACACAUGUUCCGGUAGACGACGAUUCAGCACCCGCCUUGACCCCAAACCACUUCCUUCUCGGGUCAUCCAAUGGGUCAAAGCCGCUGUGCAACGCUGAUGACAGUGGUAGUGCCCUUCGUCAAACCUGGCUGCUUUCUCAGGUCCAGGCUAACCGAUUCUGGAAACGGUGGGUUACCGAUUACCUUCCUGAGAUAACCCGCCGCACGAAAUGGUUCAUGCACACCAAGCCGUUAGAGAUCAACGAUGUGGUUGUGAUUGUCGACCCCAAAUCUCCACGAAAUUGUUGGCCGAAGGGCAGAAUAAUCAACGUCCAGCCUGGAAGAGAUGGUCAACCAAGGUCAGCCACAGUGAGGACUGCAACUGGAAUCUACGAGCGUCCAGCAACUAAGCUGGCCGUGCUAGACGUACGGCGCGAAACAUAG